CGGCGGCGGCCGGAGGACGGGCGGGGCCCGGGGCCGCCUCCAGGGGCUUCUACUUCAACACCGUCCUGUCGCUGUCCCGCUCUUUGGCCGCGCAGAGGCCCGCCGCCCUGGAGAAGGUCCAGAAGCUCCUGUGCAUGUGCCCCGGGGACUUCCACGGCGUCUUCCAGCUGGACGAGAGACGCCGGGACGCCGUCAUCGCGCUGGGAAUCUUCCUCGUCGAGUCGGACCUCCAGCACAAAGAGAGCCUGGUCCCGUACCUGCUUCGUCUGCUCAGGGGCCUCCCCCGGGUGGAGUGGAUCGAAGACAGCACGGCCCGGAAGGGCCGAGGCCUGCUGCCGGUGGCCGAGACCUUCAGCUUCUGUCUGGUGACCCUGCUGUACGACGUGGCCUACCGGGAUCCGACCCUGAGGGAGGAGAUCCUGGCGUCGCUGCUGCAGGUGAUGCAGCUGUUGCUGGCGACGUGUCGGGCCCCGGAGCCGCAGGAGAGAGAGUACCUGUGCAGGCACGCCGUCCCCUGCCUGAUCGGCGUGGCCCGCGCUUUCGGCCGCUACAGCGCCACGGAGGAGGCUCUCCUCUCCAAGCUCUUCCCCAGGGCGUCCCCGCCCUCCCCGAAGGUCCCCGAGGAGCUGGACGGGAUCCGGCGGCGCUCCUUCAACGACUUCCGCUCCAUCCUGCCCAGCAACCUGCUGGCCGUCUGCCAGGAGGCCACCCUGAAGAGGAAGACCAGCAGCGUGUCCAGCAUCUCGCAGGCGAGCCCCGAGCGCGGCCCGCCUCCUCCCGGCUCUCCCGGAGGCUCCGCCGUCCACUGCUUCGAAGGGUCUUACCCGCCCGACGGCGGCACCGUGGACCCGGACUAUUACUUCUCCACGACCAGUUCCAGCUUCUCCGUGUCCCCCCUCUUCGACGGCGUCGGCUACAAGGAGUUUGACAUGCCCCUGGACAGGCUGCAGGAGCUGAUCGACUUGGUGAAGAGGUUCGUGGAGGAACCGCUGCUCCGAGCGCUGGAUGAAGUCAUCGCGGCCGUAACGGAGGCCAAUCCCGGCUUGGAGCUGUACUACAAGACGUUCAGCGACCCUCUCCACGUCGCCAUGUUCAGGAUGCUCAGGGAUACCUUGUACCACACGAAAGACGUGCCGACGGCGCUGGUGAAGGAGACCCACGACUUCGUGCUGGAGCGUUUCAGCGGCAGCCAGGCGGAGCUGCAGAAGAUCCUGCACGACCCCGACCGGCUCCAGCAGCGGCUCGGACCCCUCAAGCUGCGCUGCCAGGCCAACGCCGCCUGCGUCGACCUCAUGGUCUGGGCGGCCAAGGACGAGCAAGGGGCGGAGAACCUGUGCGUCAAGCUGUCGGAAAAGCUGCAGUCCAAGACGUCCAGCAAGGUCAUCAUCGCCCACCUGCCCCUGCUCAUCUGCUGCCUGCAGGGCCUGGGCCGCCUGUGCGAGAGGUUCCCGGUGGUGGUCCACUCGGUGACGCCGUCGCUCCGGGACUUCCUGGUCAUCCCGUCGCCCGUUCUGGUCAAGCUGUACAAGUACCACAGCCAGUAUCACUCAGCGGGAGGCGGCGACAUCAAGAUCAGCGUCACCGACGAGCACUCCGAGUCCACCCUGAGCGUGAUGUCCGGGAAGAGGAGCCAGCCGUCCAUGUACGAGCAGCUGCGGGACAUCGCCAUAGACAGCAUCUGCCGGUGCCUGAAGGCCGGUUUGACGACGGACCCCGUGAUCGUGGAGGCUUUCCUGGCCGGCCUCUCCAACCGCCUCUACAUUUCGCAGGAGAGCGACAAGGACGCCCAUCUGAUCCCCGACCACACCAUCCGGGCCCUGGGGCACAUCGCCGGUGGCGCUGCGCGACACCCCAGAGUCAUGGAGCCCAUCCUGCAGAUCCUGCAGCAGAAGUUCUGCCAGCCGCCCUCCCCGCUGGACGUGCUCAUCGUCGACCAGCUCGGCUGCCUGGUCAUCACCGGGAACCAAUACAUCUACCAGGAGGUGUGGAACCUCUUCCAGCAGAUCAGCGUGAAGGCCAGCUCCGUCGUCUAUUCGGCCGCCAAGGACUCCAAGGACCACGGCUACAGGCACUGUUCGCUGGCGGUCAUCAACGCGCUGGCCAACAUCGCGGCCAACGUCCAGGGCGAGCACCUCGUGGACGAGCUGCUCAUGAACCUCCUGGAGCUCUUCGUCCAGCUGGGGCUGGAGGGCAAGCGGGCCAGCGAGAGGGCCAGCGAGAAGGGGCCGGCUCUGAAGGCCUCCAGCAGCGCCGGGAACCUCGGGGUGCUCAUUCCCGUUAUCGCCGUGUUGACCAGACGCCUGCCGCCCAUCAAGGAGGCCAAACCCAGGCUGCAGAAGCUCUUCCGGGACUUCUGGCUGUAUUCCGUGCUCAUGGGAUUCGCCGUGGAGGGGUCGGGGCUGUGGCCGGAGGAGUGGUACGAGGGAGUGUGUGAGAUCGCCACCAAGUCCCCGCUGCUCACCUUCCCCAGCAGAGAGCCGCUGCGCUCCGUGCUCCAGUACAACUCCGCCAUGAAGAACGACACCGUGACCCCGGCGGAGCUGAACGAACUACGCAGCACCGUCAUCAACCUCCUGGACCCCCCGCCCGAAGUGUCCGCCCUCAUCAACAAGCUGGACUUCGCCAUGUCCACCUACCUGCUGUCCGUCUACCGGCUGGAGUCCAUGAGGGUGCUGCGUUCGACCGACCCGGACCGCUUCCAGGUGAUGUUCUGUUACUUCGAGGACAAGGCUAUUCAGAAAGACAAGUCCGGAAUGAUGCAGUGCGUGAUCGCGGUGGCGGACAAAGUGUUCGACGCCUUCUUAAACAUGAUGGCCGACAAAGCGAAGACGAAGGAGAACGAGGCGGAGCUGGAGAGGCACGCUCAGUUCUUACUGGUGAACUUCAACCACAUUCACAAGAGGAUCCGGAGAGUCGCCGACAAAUACUUGUCAGGCCUGGUGGAUAAGUUCCCGCACUUACUCUGGAGCGGCACCGUGCUCAAAACCAUGCUGGACAUCCUCCAGACGCUCUCCCUGUCGCUCAGCGCGGACAUCCACAAGGACCAGCCUUACUACAACAUCCCGGAGGCCCCCUACCGCAUCACGGUCCCGGACACGUCGGAGGCUCGAGAGAGCAUCGUCAAGGACUUCGCGGCCCGCUGCGGGAUGAUCCUGCAGGAAGCCAUGAAGUGGGCGCCGACCGUCACCAAGUCUCACCUGCAGGAGUACCUCAACAGGCACCAGAACUGGCUGUCCGGCUUGACCCAGCACACCGGCCUGGCCAUGGCCACCGAGAGCAUCCUGCACUUCGCCGGCUACAACCGGCAGAACGUCACCCUGGGGACGACCCAGCUGACCGAGAGGCCGGCCUGCGUGAAGAAGGACUACUCCAACUUCAUGGCUUCCCUGAAUCUGCGGAACCGCUACGCCGGGGAGGUGUGCGGCAUGAUGCAGUUCUCGGCCGCGACGGGCCAGAUCUCCGACCUCGGUAAGCUGAUGACCCAGCAGCUCAACCACGCGCUGGAGAGCGGCAAGGCCCAGGACUUCACGCGUUCCAUGUUCAAGCUGACCGCCAUGCUCAUCAGCAGUUCCGAGUGUGACCCCCAGCUCCUCCAUCACCUGUGCUGGGGGCCGCUGCGGAUGCUGGACGAGCGGGGCAUGGAGACGGCGGCGGCCUGCUGGGAGUGGCUGCUCGCCGGCAAGAACGGGAUCGAAGUGCCGUUCAUGCGGGAAAUGGCCGGCGCCUGGCACAUGACGGUGGAGCAGAAGUUCGGCCUGUUUUCCGCGGAGGAGAAGGAAGCCGACCCGCUGGCGGCCUCCGAAGCGAGCCAGCCCAAGCCUUGUCCUCCGGAAGUCACUCCCCACUCCAUCUGGAUCGACUUCCUGGUGCAGCGCUUCGAAAUCGCCAAGUACUGCAGCUCGGACCAGGUGGAGAUCUUCUCCAGCCUCCUGCAGCGGUCCCUGUCCCUGAACAUCGGCGGCGCCAAGAGCAGCAUGAACCGCCACGUGGCGGCCAUCGGCCCCCGCUUCAAGCUGCUGACCCUCGGGCUGUCCCUGCUGCACGCCGACGUGGUGCCCAACGCCACCGUGCGCAACGUCCUGCGCGAGAAGAUUUACUCGACGGCCUUCGAUUACUUCAGCUGCCCCCCGAAGUUCCCCACCCAGGAGGAGAAGAGGCUGCGGGAAGACAUCAGCAUAUUGAUCAAGUUCUGGACGGCCAUGUUCUCCGACAAGAAGUACCUGACGGCCAGCCAGCUGGUCCCUCCAGACAACCAGGACACCCGCAGCAACCUGGACAUCACCGUGGGCUCCCGGCAGCAGGCCGCCCAGGGCUGGAUCAACACCUACCCGCUGUCCAGCGGCAUGUCCACCAUCUCCAAGAAGUCAGGCCUGUCCAAGAAGACGAACCGAGGCACGCAGCUCCACAAAUACUACAUGAAGCGGCGGACGCUGCUCUUGUCCCUGCUGGCCACCGAGAUCGAGCGGCUGAUCACGUGGUACAACCCGCUGUCGGCCCCGGAGCUGGAGUUGGAUCAGACCGGGGAGAGCAGCGUGGCCAACUGGCGGUCCAAGUACCUCGGCCUGAGCGAGAAGCAGUGGAAGGACAACGUGAACCUGGCCUGGACCAUCUCGCCCCACCUGGCCGUGCAGCUGCCCUCGAGAUUCAAGAACACCGAAGCCAUCGGGGCCGAGGUGACCCGCCUGGUCCGUCUGGACCCCGGAGCCGUGAGCGACGUGCCCGAAGCCAUCAAGUACCUGGUCACGUGGCACACCAUCGACGCCGACGCCCCCGAGCUCAGCCACGUGCUGUGCUGGGCGCCCACGGACCCCCCGACGGGCCUGUCCUACUUCUCGAGCAUGUACCCGCCCCACCCGCUCACGGCACAGUACGGCGUCAAAGUCCUGCGGUCCUUCCCGCCGGAGGCCAUCCUGUUCUACAUUCCUCAGAUCGUGCAGGCCCUCAGAUACGACAAGAUGGGCUACGUUCGGGAGUACAUCCUGUGGGCGGCCUCCAAGUCCCAGCUCCUGGCGCACCAGUUCAUCUGGAACAUGAAGACCAACAUCUUCCUGGACGAAGAGGGGCACCAGAAGGACCCCGACAUCGGGGAACUGCUGGAGCAGCUGGUGGAAGACAUCACCGGCUCCCUGUCCGGGCCGGCCAAGGAGUUCUACCAGCGAGAGUUUGACUUCUUCAACAAGAUCACCAACGUGUCGGCCAUCAUCAAGCCUUACCCCAAAGGGGACGAGCGGAAGAAGGCGUGUUUGAGUGCGCUGUCGGAGGUCAAGGUGCAGCCGGGCUGCUACUUACCCAGCAACCCCGAGGCCAUCGUGCUGGACAUCGAUUACAAGUCGGGGACGCCCAUGCAGAGCGCCGCCAAAGCCCCGUACCUGGCCAAAUUCAAGGUGAAGCGCUGUGGCGUCAGCGAGCUGGAGAAGGAGGGGCUGCGCUGCGGCUCGGACGCGGCGGACGCCAACGAAGACCGGAACGAGGACGGCGGGAAGAUCUGCUGGCAGGCCGCUAUCUUCAAAGUGGGGGACGACUGCCGGCAGGACAUGCUGGCCCUGCAGAUCAUCGACCUCUUCAGAAACAUCUUCCAGCUGGUGGGCCUGGACCUCUUCGUCUUUCCCUACCGGGUCGUGGCCACGGCCCCCGGGUGCGGCGUGAUCGAAUGCAUCCCCGACUGCACGUCCCGGGACCAGCUGGGCAGGCAGACGGACUUCGGCAUGUACGACUACUUCACCCGCCAGUACGGCGACGAGUCCUCCCUCGCGUUCCAGCAGGCCCGCUACAACUUCAUCCGCAGCAUGGCCGCCUACAGCCUCCUGCUCUUCCUGCUCCAGAUCAAAGACCGGCACAACGGCAACAUCAUGCUAGAUAAGAAAGGCCACAUCAUCCACAUCGAUUUUGGCUUCAUGUUCGAAAGCUCGCCCGGCGGGAACCUGGGCUGGGAGCCCGACAUCAAGCUGACGGACGAGAUGGUGAUGAUCAUGGGGGGCAAGAUGGAGGCCACCCCCUUCAAAUGGUUCAUGGAAAUGUGUGUCCGCGGCUACCUGGCCGUCCGGCCCUACAUGGACGCCGUGGUGUCACUGGUCACCCUGAUGCUGGACACGGGGCUGCCCUGCUUCCGGGGACAGACCAUCAAGCUGCUCAAGCACAGGUUCAGCCCCAACAUGACGGAGCGUGACGCGGCCAGUUUCAUCAUGAAGAUCAUUCAGAGCUGUUUCCUCAGCAACAGGAGUCGGACCUACGACAUGAUCCAGUACUAUCAGAACGACAUCCCCUACUAGGGACCCUCCCGCCCCCCCCCCCCCCCCCACCUCCCCCUCCUCCGUCUGCAUCGAACACGCACCCCCCGAUCUCGGCUCUCUGGCCCCGUGUCGUCCGUGCGGGGGCGAGGCCCGGGAGCGGGGAGGGGCGGGGUCGGCGCGGGCCCGCGAGCCGCGACACCGUCGGCUUCCUCUCCCCGCGGGCGGGCCGGGGGGCCGGAGCCUCGCCCGCUCCCGAGGGGACGGUCCGGAGCCCCCGUGCCCCGGGGGGGGGAGCCCACCGCGUCACGCCGAGACCCGUCGCGUGGAGGUGGCGGGGCCCCGGGGCGUCGCCUCCCCCCGCCUCACCCCCCGUGGCGGCCGCUGGCCUCCAGCCGUCGUAGUCUGUGGCUUCUCCCCGCCGCGGCCCGUGGCCCCUGCCCUCCGUACUCCCCGCCGCGGGCCCUGCCGCGGGCCGUGCUCUCCCCGCUCCCCGCCGCGCUCUUCCCUCCGGCCCGGGGGCCUCUGCCCGCCGCGUUCCCCGCGGGAGCCCGUGACCCCGUCGUCGCGGAGGCGGGCAAGGUCUCCUCGCUCGUGGAUGCCGCUUAAAAUAAAAUCCUCUCCCGCUCUGGCCUGACC